GUCUUCCCGCUCCAUAGUCCGCACCUCUCUUUCCGGUUUUUAAGGGACGUGCAAGAGCACCUACAAAAUGAAGCAGAUUGUCACGAACCAAACAGUGAAAAUCCCAGAAGGAUUGACUUGCUCCGUCAAAUCCAGGACUAUUACAGUUAAAGGGCCACGAGGAGUCUUGAAGCGUUCAUUCAAGCACUUGGCUCUUGAUAUUCGUAUGAUCAACCCUAGAUUACUUAAGGUUGAAAAAUGGUUUGGUACCAAAAAAGAGUUAGCUGCUGUACGUACUGUGUGCUCACACAUUGAAAACAUGCUAAAGGGAGUAACCAAAGGUUACCAAUACAAAAUGAGAGCUGUAUAUGCUCAUUUUCCCAUCAACUGUGUUACUACUGAAAAUAACACAGUUAUUGAAAUUCGUAAUUUCUUGGGGGAAAAGUUCAUCCGUAGGGUAAAGAUGGCACCUGGUGUUACUGUAACAAAUUCACAAAAACAAAAGGACGAACUAAUUCUGGAAGGAAAUUCCUUGGAAGAUGUUUCACGAUCAGCUGCACUCAUUCAACAGUCUACCACUGUUAAAAACAAGGAUAUUAGAAAGUUCUUGGAUGGAUUGUAUGUAUCUGAAAAAACGACAGUUGUUCAAGAUGAGGAAUAAAGUGCAUUUUUAAGAACAAUAAAACUGUU